CAACCGUAUGCCAUUCCUGCCUCCACUUCUCCCUCUAGCUCCAGGCAUUCCUUCCAGCGGGCUUGACAUGAACAGACAGACUGUCAGUGGGUUAGCAGUAAGAGACUGAUUGAGUCGUCAUGUGGAGCUGUCAAGGCUUUUUGAUGUGAGCUGACAGGAAACGGAACCAUCCGGAGUGUCUACAAUUCAGCAGCACAGACCCAGUUGGCCACCGCUGUCAGCUGCCGCCAGAUGGACAUAAAAGGACUCCUGGGUAGAGACAGAGAGCACUCUGACGGCUAGCUCAUUGCUAAAUCAAGAGCCUCCCAAACAUCAGAAGGCAUGGACUGAUGUCUUCCUAUUCAACCGUUUCUUUGGAGGGACUAGGAUUAAGGUGGAGCUGAUUGGCCGAAGUAUAAAGCCUUGGUUCAGGGAGACCGUUUGAUUUGCAUAGAUUGAGACGUCAAAGUAGUUUCCUUUCAAAGGACUAUUUUUAUCAAGGUAAACACUUUUUAGAAGAAAAAAAGAAACACAGAAAUGAAUCUAUACUAUUUGGCAGACUCUACCAACUGUAGUUUCAGGAGUGACGCUGCUCCGUCAGUCCUCUUCAUGGCUGCUGCCGGUGCUGGGUGGAGGAAUGACUCCGGUGAUGGAGAGUCUGGGCAGGGCGGCGUGGUGCAGGUCCUGGUGCCGGUGCUGGAUGUCCUGAUCCUGGUGCUGGGUGUGACCGGACACAGCCUGGUGAUGGUCAUCCUGUGUGGGCGUCGUCGGAGAGGGGCGGGGCCGGGGCGUCAACCCAACCAGGGGAGCGUGACAGGGACGGGUACGGACACCCUUUUGCUAGCCCUGAGCGCUGCCGAUCUCCUACUCCUUGCCAUGCUGCCCUUCCACACCGUCGCCAUAGCGUUGCAGCACUGGCCCUUUGGGGACAUCCUGUGUCGUCUGGUGAGCUUCCUAGGCGCCGCCUGCUCCACGGUGAGUGCCCUGACGCUCGCCGCGCUGGCCGUGACGCGCUACCUGGCCGUGGUGGAGCCGACCCGGGCCUACCACCUCCUCACCCCUCGCCGCGUAGCGCUGGGCGCUGCUGCUCUCUGGCUCCCCGCCUUCAUCCUGGCCACCCCACAGCUGGCCUUCCGCAGCGUGAACGCCUCACAGACUGACCCUGAUGGCCUGGCCUGCUUCAACUUCCUGUCGCAUGGCGGCCAGCUGGCCUAUGGGGUCUGCCACUUCCUCCUGUCUUUCGCCCUGCCGCUAGGCGUCAUCACCGUAGCCUAUGGCAGGAUCUACUUGUUCCUGUGGCGGAGUCGGAAGAGUGGCCGGGCACCACAGGUGGAGCGAUACCAGCGGAAGGUGACCCAGACUUCGGCCCUACUGGUGCUGGCUUUCUCCCUGUGCUGGCUGCCCUCAUACGGCCUGACCUUCGCCUUCCUGAGUGGAGGCGUCCACGGGCCCACUGGGUCUCCCCACUACGGGCCCUUUAGCGUGUUCGCCCGCCUCAUGGCCACCUCCUCCACAGUGGCCAACCCCAUCCUCUAUGUCCUCAUGUCCCAGAAGUUCAGACAGGACCUGCUGGGGCUGGGGUGCCAGGGGAAGGCGUAAACCGGACAAUAAACCUAUCUAUAAAGCGAACCAUAAGGGGGAACCUCAAGGUAAAAAUGUAAUGCUUGUGUCCAUGACAAUCUGCAUUGGGACUGAAAGUGUAGAGUUUGAGAGCUCGAUGGACCAAACAAACAGCAGCACAGUACCAGUUCAAUAGGACACGACUACAAAACCCUUUCUACCCAAAUGUUCCUGUCCCCCAGUGCACAAAUUCCACACUAAAAGCUGUGGUACAAAGCGACUGAACUCCAAGGUUCAAUCAAGGGACAGCACUUUCUAAAGUAAGAGCCUUCCCGCUGUGAGAGUCAAAGGGCUUUGAGGGCCUCCUGGGACACUGCAGAGAACACACACAUACCGGGAAAUACAUUUCUGCUAACACAAUACAAAGGACCUUUUUAAAGGAUGUGAUUCUGCGCAGUUAUACCAUCAUUUGGCCUGUUGUUUAUUUCUGUUCUUCUAAGAUAAAGAGAAUGAAGGUCUAACUGUCUCAGUCUGGUUUAUGUUACUGAGUACCGAGUGUUCCUAAACCUGGGUUGAUAUGAAAGCUUUUAACAGUGAAUCUCCGAAAGAACAGAGCUAGACACAAGGUCCUGUCAUGAUUCAGUUGGAGGUUGCAAAAACAUUUUUUCCCAUCUUUCUUUUUGAGAAAAACCAGCUGUUUCUUCAUGCAGACUAAUAGUGAUAGUAUCUGCUGUACAUCACUGCUCCAGACGGCGGUUUUCUCAGUAGAGGAGGAGGAGGGAUGCUUAUCUAACUGGUGAAGAGAGAACCGUCUAUUGGACACAAGGUUUCAACACCUUUUCCCAGUCCAAUAACCCAUGCUAACUAUAAACUACCUACAUUCACUUGGCCCUCACAUAUUAGCAUUCAGAACAGGGCAAAUCAGAGGAGUAUGGGUGAUGAGGGGAGACAAGAGAGGGAUCUCUACAGGACUACAGAUGAUAACAGACUGAAUAAACAGGAGACUACAAGACAGAGGGGAGGUGGUGUUA